AUGGACCUUGCUUUGCUCCACGACGAGGGCAAAUCCAUCACCUGCAACGCCGCUGAUACCGACCUUUCCUCACUCCACCUCCACUCCGUCACGACCCGACACAACUAUGGCCGCAUCUUCUCGUCACCAGCUCCCGGUUUUGCCAUGGGAGCUGGAUCGAUAGGCGAGAGUUUCUUGCCGUACGAGGAAAGCGAAACAAUUAUCAGCACAGACGCCGGCGUUACGUGGCAGAUGGACGAGACACGCAUAAGUACGAGUUUGGCGAUAAGGGGAGCAACCUGGUGGUGGUGA